AUGAAGGAGCAAAACGCGCAACUCCUGGAGCAGAUAACCGGCAUGUGCCAACUGCUGCAAGAGGAAAAGGAGGAGGCAAAACGUCGAGAGGAGAAGUAUGAGGCACAGAUGGAGAAGCUCGCCGCCGCACAUCAACGCGACCGAGAUGUGCUCAACUCUCUUCUGGCGGCAAAGGUUGGUGGUGGACAGCCGUCAGCUAGUCCACGUCAACCUCCAACUCCAUUGCCGCGCCGAUCCUCUGCGCAGCCGCAGCACCAACAACAACAGCAGCAGCGGAACCAGCACGAGCAGGAGCAGCCCCGCGCGUCGACGUCGCGCGCAGUCAUGCCGCCGCGUAGCGAGGCAUCGACAGUCGUCCGCGGAGACGUCGUGCCGGAGUUGACCUUCAGCGAGGUGGUACGUCGCAGGUACCGUGGCAAGGCCACCAGCAAGCCACGCUCCCAGCAGCAGCAACAGCGUCAGCCACAGCGACAGGCAGCCGCUAUCGCGCAGCAUCAACAGCAGCAGCAGCAACGUCAGCCACAGCGACAGGCGGUCGCUGAUCCGAACGAUUAUCGGCGAGCCUGGAACUCGUCGACACGUGACGGAAAUGGCGGCGUUGGUAGUAAACGACAUCGACCCCCUAGUCAAGGAGGAUGA